AUGACUGUAUCAGGAAUGACUGGGACAUUAAUAAACCGGCUGCCGAGAAGGGUACCCAUCCCAGGAUUGGCCAUGCUAGAGCCCAAAUGUGUGUUACACACUACAUCUCUUCUGUGCAAUAAGGAGAACAAGGCAAAUGCAGAGCAGGAAGAUCGCGAGGAAUUGGAGCGUGAGCGGCAAUUGCGUGAGCGAUUCUCGAAAAAAAUAGUGGAAGCCAUGCCGCAGUAUUCAUCACAGGGUGGCGGUAGUUGUAGCAGCGGUGCGUGUGGGGCGCAGCCUCCUGCAGCGGCUAUGCAGAUGUUGCGUUUUUUGUUCUUUUCCACAGCUUUAUUGCUUAUAUUGGCGAUGAUGCAGCUGUCCGACACAAACUCUCCGAUAUAUCUUCUCAAGAACAUACAGUCGUGGCAGCUUCCUCCACACAGUGUGGCUUAUUAUAUACUUCUCCGCGCUUUGCUUCCAUACCGGGAGCAGAUGCGCUUAAAGGAAGAAUUUGAAACGGCGGGCAGGUUUAACCCAGCGCUAACGUUUGAUCAAUUUUUUAUCCAGCGUUAUCCGGAUUUGUUCCACGGUUAUCGAACUCAACAACAGGACAUCGUGGCCGCCCUUGCGGCUUGCAUUGCGGUGGCAAACGAUCGGAAACUCUCCUUAACGAUAUUGCGCGCUGCGGGUUCUGCUCGCGAUAUUCGGGCGUCAGUGGACAAUAUAAUGGAUGCUCUCCGCCGCGACUACCCACAGGUUUUUCAGGGUUCCCCAUCAACAUCUUACCCUAUAGCAACGGCACACUGA